AUGCGUUCAUUCCCUGUGGCAAUCGCAGCUCUCUUCGCAGCCUUUUCGCUGGCAACCGCUUCCCCCGUGGCUGUAGCUGCAAACGCUCCGCUCACCGAGAGUAGCAACGGCUUGACCAAGCGCAACGACUUUAUCCCGCACGGUAAAGACGCUCUGAUCGAUUUCUAUGUCGAGUAUGGCUCUGGCGCCAAUGACUACUUCAAUCUGAUCUCCAAACUCUCUUGGAAUCCUGCUGGCUACUUCGAUCGCGCUUCGAAUGCCGGCAGUCUUGCAGCCAAUCUCGAUAAUCACGGCACACUGGAAGGUGUCCUGAGCUCCAGAUUCACUUUCCUGGACCGUGUCGUUGACUUCAUCGUUGACGUCGAGUUCUUCUACGAUACCAAUGGCAAAAUCUACAGAUGUGCGCUCGUCACUGGCAGGGCACAGUGGCAAACACCCCAUAGCAUCCCGCUCGAUCAGUCGACACACCACCGAUGCUUCGUCAACGGUAUCCAGGGAAGCUAUUCGCCCUUCGCUGCCAGUAUGCGUUCUUUUUUUGCAGCGAUCCUGGCUUUUUACGCCUUUGUGUCCCUCGCAAUCGCCUCGCCGAUCGAGUCGGCUGUCGAUAGUGAUGUACAGCGUGACAUGACAAUCGCCAAACGUAGCGAUCUGGUACCGCAUGGCAAAGACGCCCUCGUCGUAUUCCAUGUUGAGUACGGCUCAGGCGUCAACGACUAUUUCACCCUGGUCUCGAAGCUUUCCUGGAAUCCAGAAAAGUACUUCGAUGCAGCUACGCAUGAUGGUAAUUUGAAAGUCGAAUUCAACGGCCAUGGCGCAGAGGCCAGCAAGAACUACUAUUCAGAAUUCACUUUCCUCGAUCGCGUCGUCGGCAUGGUCGUCACUAUACAGUUCUUCCACAACGACGCUGGCAGGAUCAACAGAUGCGCUCUCCUCAUUGGAAGCGCCCGUUGGCCAGGUGAUCAGAGCGUCGGGCUCGACGAGACGACGACGCACCGAUGUUAUGUCAACGGCAUCCAGGUCAAGCCUUGAUUCCACGACCAGCAGACACGAUCUGUCUCGAUCAUUCGACCGUCUUAAUUGCAUCCUUGCUUCAGUGUCAGUCUUUGUGGUCGUGGCGUUUGAA